AUGCAGAAAAACACUCAAAGUAAGCUUAGCAGUCUUCAAAGAUCUGCCUGCUUGCUUAUAACCGGAGCCAUGAACACCUCACCUGGAGCAGCUCUUGAUGCACUACUUAACCUCCCGCCCCUGUUUCUCUACUUGGAAAAGGAGGCAAGAGAGGGCAUGUACAGAGUAAUCUGCCAGAAAGAGGUGAACUGGCUUUCUCAAGUUAUGAGGAACCUACAAAACUCAGUACUUGAUAUUCCAGUUCUGGGGAUGCCAUCAGACACUAUGACCCCAAACUACUACUUCCAAAGGAACUACACCGUUGAGAUACCCGAUCGGGACAGGUGGCUAAAAAAUGAAAUAACUUGGAAAGCGGGAAGCCUAAAGUGCUACACCGAUGGUUCCAAGUCAGGAAAAGACGUAGGCUGUGGAACCUAUGGAGAGAAGCCCAGGGUGAAAAUUCACCGGAACCUGGGAACGUAUACCUCCAUCUUCCAGGCAGAGGUGUACGCCAUUAUUGAUUGUGCGGAAGCCUUGCAGCAAAACAACUACGUUAACAGAACUAUUUAUAUUCACUCUGACAGCCAAGCGGCUCUUUCAGCCUUGUCCGCGGAGGUUAUUACCUCUAGACUUGUUGAAAACUGCUGGCAAUGUCUAAAUAACUUGGGCAACCGUAAUCAGGUUAUCCUUCGCUGGGUUCCAGGGCAUGCAGGAAUAGUCGGCAACGAAAAGGCGGACCAACUUGCGAAACUAGGCGCGAGGUUACCACAGACAGGACCUGAACCCUUCUGUGAAAACUUCCAGGAAUGA